AUGUGUGGGAAAGUUGAAAGACCUGAUUCAGUCUGCAUGUCAGCAACCGAAACAAAUCUGCUCCAGUAUUGCUUCUACGAAAAUGUUCUUCAGUUUGUUGCUUUUGGUAGGAACAUAUUAUCUGGAUAGGAAUUUGCUAUUAUUGUUACAGACAAUCUUUAAUUAUAUUCCAUUUUAUUCAAUUUUUCAGGCAUGCUGGUCGAACUGCUCGAUGAACUAACGAAACGAGUUGCUUUUACUCCAAGCCUUCAUUUUGUCAAAGAUAACAAAUUUGGCAGCAAAGACACGGCCACGGGGAGUUGGAAUGGGAUGAUAGGCGAGGUUUUACGUAACGAGGCAGACACAGCACUAUACAGCCUGACCAUCACAGAAACCCGCUCGAAAGUAGUCGAUUUUUCCUAUCCAUUCUUAGCUUCGGGUAGUGGAAUUAUCAUUUCAACGGAAAAACAAAAGUCUUUACCCCAUAUAAACAAUUCGUUUCUUCGACCGUUUUCAAGAAAUCUUUGGACAAUAACUCUAAGUAUUUUUGCAGCCUGUGUUUUGAUAUUGUGGACCGCUGAGAGAUGGAAUCGCAGACGCAGACACUUGUAUGGAAUUGCCCUUCGCGCCACUCCAGGGGUAGGGGGAUUAAUGGAGAGUGUAUCCUACGCUUGGGGUGUUGUUGUACAAAAGGUGGUUCAAGAGGGAGGGCCGCGGACUUUCGGUGGUCGUGUUGUAACUGGAGUAUUUGGGUUCUAUAUGAUUAUAUUAUUGAGCACUUACACGGCUAACAUGGCCGCUAUUCAAGUUGUUGAAGAAAAACAGGCCGAAAUAUCUGGAAUUUAUGAUGACAAG